UCACGCGAUCGACAGAGAUUUCGCGGUUCGUUCGUAUCAAAUCUAUGAUCGACUGAUAUUGUAUGAUAUACAUACUACUAUCGGUAAUCUGGCCGAAUAGUUCUCAAAUAGUUAUGAAUUAGUUUAAAAUAGUUAUAAAGAAGGGCAUAGAUAACAAGAUUGUCUGGUCAUCGAUAAUUUCAUGAGAGUUUAAUAGGAUGCAAAUAAUAUUAAACUCAAUAGGAUACGAAUCGGAGGACAACGAUUCAUACAUACGUAUGUACGGCUAAUGGUCAAGUGCAAAGCGUUCUCAUUUUUGGAGCCAGUAAAAUAAUAAAAUCGAUCAAACAUCAUCGCUACACAGCCGUACCUAUAUGUAUAGGGUGCCAACCAUCGGAGUAGACAAGAUGAGGGUGACGUUUUGCACAGACAUGGACAAGUCCGUGAUAGUAUACAACUUUGAGAAAAGAGGCUGGACGCAGGUUGGUCCUGAAGACGAUUGGAAUUUUUAUUGGGCUGUUACACAAUCGUGCAGAACAAUUUUCAGCGUUGAGACUGGCUAUAGAAUGAGCGACAAUCAAACAAUCAACCACUUCCCAAAUCAUUACGAGCUAACGCGCAAAGAUCUCCUUGUAAAAAAUAUAAAAAGAUACAGAAAGGACCUGGAGAGGGAAGGAAGUCCGCUAGCAGAAAGAGGAGAUGGCCCAGGAAAAUACCUUCACCUUGAUUUUAUACCGGUUACCUUCGUGUUGCCAGCAGAUUAUAACAUGUUUGUCGAGGAAUAUCGCAAGGCUCCACAAAGUACUUGGAUAAUGAAACCGUGCGGUAAAUCACAGGGAGCUGGAAUAUUUCUCAUCAAUAAAUUGAGCAAACUCAAACGAUGGUCACGGGAAGCAAGAAAUCCAUUCAACCCAAACCUCGCUAAAGAAUCCUACGUCAUAUCUAGGUACAUCGACAAUCCCCUCUUAAUUGGGGGUAAGAAAUUUGAUCUUCGGUUAUACGUACUCAUCACUUCAUUCCGGCCUCUGAAAGCUUAUCUUUUCAAACUUGGAUUCUGUCGAUUUUGUACCGUCAAAUACGAUACCAGUAUUCAGGAACUCGACAACAUGUAUGUUCAUCUGACUAACGUAUCCGUACAGAAGCAUGGGGAUGAGUAUAACAGUUUGCACGGAGGGAAGCUAAGCGUACAAAACUUGAGAUUGUACUUGGAAAGCACCCGUGGCAAAGCCGUGACUGAGAAAUUAUUUGCAAACAUUUCCUGGUGUAUCGUACACUCGUUAAAAGCUGUGGCUCCGGUGAUGGCUAAUGAUCGACACUGCUUCGAAUGCUAUGGCUAUGAUAUUAUCAUAGAUAAUAAGCUGAAGCCAUGGCUGAUUGAGGUCAAUGCAUCGCCAUCCUUGACUUCAACUACUGUUAACGACCGUAUUCUGAAGUAUAAAUUAAUCGACAAUAUAGUAUCUGUAGUCGUUCCCCCGGGUGGUGUACCUGACGUCAGAUGGAAUAAAUGUCCGUCAUUGGAGGCGAUGGGAAACUUCGAAUUGUUGUUGGACGAGGAGUUGGCUGCUCAGGACGAGAGGGACAAUUCGACGGGAAAAUUUCGAAUGCAAUCAAACAAAUGGAAAUAAAAGUGCGUUACUCCAUUG